AAAAAAAAAAAACCUUCUCUAAAGCAUGUAUAAACCGCUUUGGUAAAAUUCACAACAUUGCAGAAAAAAGUAGAAACUGUAAAUGUUGAACUCUAAGAUGUAAUUUCAUCAAAGUAAUUUACAGCAACCAGGAAAGUCAGACAUUUAAAAGUUAGCAGAACAUAGCGGCAAACGUUGGAAGCAGGUUCAGUCACCCCAACCAACAUGAUGUCUUGGUUGGAUUGUUGGGAACAAAGUAGGAACCAUAAAGCACUGAGUUUUAAAGUAAAGUCAGUGCUGCUAAAACCAGCUUUACUUCAUAGUGAGCAUGUUGUCACUGUAAAGAAGGAGGCAGUUGCCAAACAACCACAAGAAUAAUGUUUUUAAAAGCAAGGCUAACAUUUGCAGCUAAUCACACAGGCUAGAAAAAUACCCACAAAGAGAAAAUCUAUACAGAUGAGAGUAAUGGUGUAAAAUGAAUUAGCUAUUGAAUUAUUUGGACACAAGUAUGUGCGUGGGAAAAGGCCACCAUCCUCGCUAUAAAGCUUCAUAUCAACGUUCUGCAGCAAAUCCUUGAGCUUUACCUCAUGAAAAGAAACACAUUUUUUUUUAACAGUCAUUUCCUUUACCAGCUCAAAGCAGCUAUAACUUGCAUGUUACAGGAAGUAGACGGAACUGUCAUGUUGCAAAUGAAAUAACACCAUCAUGUCAGAGAACGACAACCAAAAAACGGUAGAUGUGGAUGCUGCUUUUCUCAAAUCCAGGAGGGGAAUAAUCAAAGUGGCAGAGAUGGGAACCCUGUUUGUUGCAUUUGUGUGUUUCGCUGUUGCCUCCACACCAAGGUACCUUACGGCCACAUUGUUGGAGUUUCUAAUCACUCUACUUCUGCUGCUUUUGUACCUACUGAAACUCAACAAGAGGAUCACAUUCCUCUUUUGGCCUAUUGUUGAUGUUUUCAACUCAGUGUUUGCAGCGAUCUACUUCCUUGUCUUGAGCCUGAUGGUGUUGAUUUCAAGCUCUGUCACGGGAGCACUGGUUGGAGGGGCGGUGAGCCUAAUUUCAGCUGGACUUCUAUUUGUGGACAGCUACACACUUUUCAGAAACAUCACAUUCAACAAACCAAGAAAUGAAUCACAGAAUCAAAGCAAUAAGUAAAAGCUACAUAGUUAUUGAAAAAGCAUUAAAGGAGGCUACAAGCCUCAUCAGCUCUAGAGUUUGUCUGUAAUGUAUUUAGAGACCGUUAUAUAUUUUUCAAUGUUUCUGGCCCAAUAUUCUACAUUAUGUAACACCAAUAUGAGUAAUUGUUUGUAAUAUUUAAAAAAUAUUUUGUUCAGAAUAAGUCUUAAAUAAAUACACACAGCACACAAUUAUAUCUUAAAAUCAUCUAAGGGAAACCUGUCAGAAAAUUCAUCAUUUAUUUUCUGUCCUAUUGAAACGUGUUUUACUUUGUGCAGCAUGAAAUAUGCUAAAGAGUAUUACUAUUUUAAACAAGUUAUUAAUAUGUCAGUGUACUUCCUAUAAUUGCAUAUUAAUAAAGUGUAUAAAAUAUGAACAUGAACCCUUUAAUCUGAUGGGAACAUAAAUGAGACAGAGGCGUUAGGGGAGGAAAAUGACACGGAUAAAAUAAAUCCUAAGAGUCCUAAGUGAAAGGUGGCUAAAUAAGGAAAUCCCAAAGGAGCAUUUCAAUGCUAGAACCUAUUUUUGAAUGUGACUUUUUUUUUAAAGAAUAUAAAACAUUUCUUUAGGAAAACAGAUGAGAAUUUUCACAUGAUUUUCUCUACCAGGCGCAUAUUGGCUACAAUCUAAACUGAAGUUGUCCUAUCAGUGACUUCUAUAUAUGUCUUGAAAGUUGAUUUUGUGGCCUAAUGUUGCUCAACUGUGUGAAUAAAGAUUUCCAUCGUGACUUAAUGGGC